AUGGGAAAAUGGGAAAUGAGAUCAAAAGAAAUGGUGGGCAACCCGUGUAAGAAUGGAGGGACAGCUGGUUAUUCGCCAUCCUUCUACUGUAUAUGUCCAAAAAGAUAUACUGGAAGAUACUGCGAAAUAAUUGAAACAUCGACGCCGUCUUCGUCGUCAUCAUCGUCAUCAUCAUCUGCCAUAUCUAUUGUUACGAUAGUUGGGCUCACUACUCACGUAACAUCUCGUUCAUCAUCAUCAUCAUCAUCGCCAUCAUCAUCUGCCACGCCUACAGUUAAAACCGUUGGGUUGACGACUCACGUGACAACUCGUUCAUCAUCAUCAUCGUCAUCAUCGUCAUCAUCAUCAUCAGCCACGCCCACAGUUAGAACCGUUGGGUUGACGACUCACGUGACAACUCGUUCAUCAUCAUCAUCGUCAUCAUCGUCAUCAUCAUCAUCAGCCACGCCCACAGUUAGAACCGUUGGGCUGACGACUCACGUAACAUCUUGUUUAUCGUCAUCAUCGUCAUCAUCAUCAGCCACGCCUACAGUAAGGCCCGUUGGGUUGACGACUCACGUGACAACUUUUUCUCCAACUCCUACAGUAACACCAUCUUCCAUUACCAUUUUCCAGACCCCGUGUAGUGGUCGAAAUCCAUGUAAGAAUGGUGGAACGUGUUACGAACUUCUGUCUGUCUUCAAAUUCUGUAGAUGUCCAAAAUACUUCACAGGGAAAUACUGUGAAAAAACGUCACGCUCAUCAUCAUCCAUACCAUACGCCUUAACAACCGAUCUAGUUACAUCCUCUUUCUAUGAAGCCUUAACCACGCUGCCAGCAACAAAAACAACGACAACAACAACAACAAAAUUGUCAUCCAUCCCAUAUGGCACGACGACGACUCAUUUAGUGACAUCUUUUAAAAAACCCGCACAAGAACGAUCAACUCCACGAGAAGAUCAAUCAACAUCAACAUCAAUAUCAGCAUCAUCUUCUGCUAUAGUUUCCACUUCAUUUUCAGUGCCAACAUCAACAUCAAGUAGUCCAGGAAUAGGACUAAGUCCAAGUUGUGCAGAGUCUUGUGCUGUUCCAACGUGUGGCUGUCUCAACGGUGGAAGCUGUGUCUACAGUGGUAGCUAUCCGUACUGUAGCUGCUUCUGGCCCUACACUGGACAAUACUGUGAGCAAGAGUUGUCAAGCACGUUAUCAACCGUCUCAACCGUCUCAUUAUCAACAU